AUGCCCCCUAACGGCAGCGACGGUCCUGCUUUUCAAGAAGACCUCAGUAAUAUCCUAGUGUGCCCCGAGUGCAACAUCAGUCCGCCUCACCUGGUCGAGGAGUUCUCCAGCGGUGAUACAGUAUGCGAGGACUGUGGAAUGGUAGUCGGCAGCCGCAUUAUCGACACAAGAUCUGAAUGGCGUACUUUUGCAAACGACGACCAAGGUGGUGACGAUCCCAGCCGUGUCGGUGGUCCUCAGGAUGAGUUUGUCGAAGGUCAGCAGCUCGCGACAACCGUAGCCUUCUCCGAGUCCAAGGCCCACAAGGCUUUGUCCCGGACGCAGAACAACACCAACCAGGAUAAAGCGCAAAAGGGCCUCAUGCUGGCGUACAAGGAGAUCGUCUCUCUUUGCGAAGCUAUCAACAUGGGCCAGAACGUCUCCAACGCCGCCAAGCACAUCUUCAAGCUCGUGGAUAAGCACAAGUUCCUCAAGGGAAAGCCCCAAGAAGCCGUCAUUGCUGGCUGCAUCUUCAUCGCCUGCCGACAGAACAACGUACCUCGCACCUUCCGUGAGAUAUUCAACCUGACAAGCGUGAGCAAGAAGGAAGUUGGGAGGGUUUUCAAGCAGCUCCAGAGCUUUUUGCAGAAGCUGCAGGAACAGGACGGCGAGGCCACAGGCCUCAACACGGUCACCAACUACGAAAACACAUCAGUGGGUGCCGAAGAUCUCUGCGGCCGUUAUGUAUCACAGCUCGGAUUCCGGAAACAGCAAAAGGUGGCCAAGAUCUCUCGCGAUCUGGCAGAAAAGGCAAACGACAUUUCGGCACUCGCAGGUCGAUCGCCUCUGUCGGUUGCCGCAGCAUGUAUCUACCUUGCAUGCCAUAUUGUUGGGGAACCGCGCAGCUCACUUCCCAUCGCCAGACAAGCUGGCGUGAGCGAUGGCACAGUCAAGACAGCCUAUAAGCAUCUAUAUGCCGCUCGCGAACAGCUGAUCAACAAGGAAUGGUUCGAGGAAGGUGUGAACAUGGAGUCUCUCCCUCAAGCCAGUGCCACGGCCUAG